CCUGUAAACAGAAACAGAUCCACUUCCGGUUCAGUUUGUCUCAGUUACAUAUGUUUAAAACUGUUUCUUGUCUCUGAAACAGAAACAUGAGUUCGGAGCUCUCGCGCUGAAGGAAGAAGUGCAGAGAUGUUGGGCCUCAGGUGCAUUGUGGGAGAUGUAGUUCGUGGAGGACUCUUGAGGAGGACAUGUCUCAGACUUCCUCCUCCUCCUCUUCCUCAGCUGACCCAGCGCUGCUUCCUCUCAAAGGGCGGUUCUGGUUCUGGUUCCUCGGCCCGUCUGAAGCUCCGGACCCGCCUCGUCGUCUCUCUGCUGAUCGGAGGCUCCCUAUUGGCCGGCUGGGGCUUCGUUUACCUGGAGAAGCAGCAGCGGCAGCGGCAGAUCCGAUUGGACCAGCUGCGGAAGGUGUCUCUGGGUCAGGGAACCUUCAGCCUGUUGGACCAGACGGGCCGACGCAGAACCAAGCGGGACUUCGUGGGCCGGUGGGUUCUGCUGUACUUCGGGUUCACGCACUGCCCCGACAUCUGCCCCGAGGAGCUGGACAAGCUGAGCAGCGCCGUCACCACGCUGGACCAGGACCCCCUGCUGCCCCCCGUGCAGCCUCUCUUCAUCACGGUGGACCCGCAGCGGGACGACGUGCCGGCGCUGGCCCGCUACGUGCAGGACUUCCACCCCCGCCUGGUGGCCCUCACCGGGACCCCCGAGGAGGUGCAGCACGCGGGCCGGGACUACCGGGUCUACGCCAGCGCCGGGCCCAAGGACGACGACGGGGACUACAUCGUGGACCACACGGUUCUGAUCUACCUGGUCAGCCCCGACGGACUCUUCCUUGACUACUACAACCGGUCCAAGAGCGAGGAGAAGAUCGUGGCGAGCGUCAAGAACCACAUCCAGAACCACAAGGGACUGGACCAGUAGAACCAGAACUACAAGGGACUGGACCAGUAGAACCAGAACUACAAGGGACUGGACCAGUAGAACCUGGAUCUAUAAAGACUAUAAACCAAAUGAAAACAAGAGACAAUGAAAAUAAAAAUAUAUAUAAAAAGUCUUUGUAAAGCGAGAGUAAAUAUAUUACAAAUAUAUAAAUCUGGUAAAAACAAACCUUAUUUGUAAAUAAAGUUUAAAAUAAGGCAAAUUUAAAAUACGAAAAGAAAUAGACGGUAAACAAAAAAAAAAGGCAUAUUUAUUUAAAUGGAUAUACAAAUGUAUUAAAGUUGUUUAAAGGGGACCUA